GUCCGCUCGUCCUCAUUGUCUUCUUCACCAACAAAAUACUCAGAGAAUAUAGAAAAAUGUCGGCAUUGAAGCACCGCGCAGUGGCAGACGAGAGCUCGGCCGUCUUCUCAGACGACUCCUCGACCGCGUUCUCGUCCGGGCUCGGGACGACGUCGACGACCGAUCUGGGGACGACGGUUCCGGAGGAGCAGCUGCUGAGCGUGAAGGGCAACGAUUACGGGUUCCCGCUGCUUAUCAAGUACGAGCAGCCGGGGACGAUUCUGCGGAAUAUGCCGAAUAUGCUGCUGGAGAACAAGGGACCUGUUGCGCGCGACCAUCUUGCGAACGAGCGUAAUUACCUGGCGUGGGCGCGCACGUCGCUUUCGUUCACGACCGUCGGACUUGCGGUCACGGCUGCGUUUAGAGGUUAUGGGGAUGGGCUUUUGAUUGUCGGGAAGUUGGUCGGUGCCGGCUUCAUUCUGUUGGCUAUCGCUCUCAUGGUCAUCGGCACCUAUCGAUACUACAUCACCGCUAUCUGGCUCCAGCGCGGCAAGUUCCCGCCCAGCAGAGCCUCGAUAUUCCUCAUUACUGUAUUUUCUGUAUUGCUAAUCGCGCUGGCAUUCAUCCUGAUUGUCAUCAACACCUCGCGUGUUAUCUAGUCUUUUGAAUUAUUGGGUAAAGCAUGCGACGUCAACCAAAAGCAUAAACGUCCUAUUAUUCUCUUUUUUCUCUUUUGUUUAUCAUUUCAUUCACAGUUUAAUGACGUUGUCCUUCAUGUAAAACGGAGUCUGUAUCGUACGAGGUGUUUUGAGUGGUUCACGAUUUAAUAUCUAAUCUUUUCUUUCUAUUUUUCUUUCUAUUUUUCCAUUCUAGUUUGUCAUGACGAGGCUUUGGUGUUUAUAAUAGUAUUUCUAUUUAUUUGACGACU